GGGGCUUUUGGGAAAUGAGCUCUCUCCACCAGGUGCAUAAGAUCAGCUAACUACCGGGGGUGUGCCAGCACGGUUAUAUAGCAUGACCUCUGCCUUCUGAGGGAGCCCACUGGGAAGCAGGUGGGGAAACGAGAAGCCCUUGCCACUCAAAGUGUGUCCCGAGGACCAGUGGCAUGGGCGUCGCCGUCAUCCCGGGGCUUCUUAGCAAUACAGCCUUUUGGGCCUCCUCUCAGACCUCAACAGUAAGAAACCGCCUUUUAACAAGAUGCCCAGGGGGUAAGUUUGAGAAGGGAGGGCUUAUAGAACUGUGGGAAACUCAGUGCACUAAAUCCUACUGAACAGGGAGGGCUAGGCGGAGGGAGCCACUUCUUCGUCUGCCAGAAUGGGGGACCUUUGGUGGUGAGCGGCAGCGACCCGAAGCCGGCGGCCCAAGGUGCGGGACUAGGUCCGGGCGGCCCCGCCUGCCUGCCCCGCCUCCCUCCUGGGUCUCUGCUCUGCGCGCGGUUGCUGUGGCAGCGCCGGACGCAGAUCGAGCCGAGGCUGCUGCGGCCUCCACCUCCGCCUCCAAAGGCCUUCCCAGACCCCAGGCUGCCGCUCAGCUAGCGUCUCCGCUAUGCCUCGGGGGAGGCGCGGCGGCCGGGUGAGCGCCCUGGAGGGCGGCCCGGAGGAGGAAGCGCCCCCGGCGGCGGCCGCGGUGCCCUCGGCGCUGUGGGCGUCCCAGCUGCAGCCGGAGGCGGCGGCCGGGCAGAUCCUGCUGCGUGGCAUUUUCGAGAUCGGGAGGAGCAGCUGUGACGUGGUGCUGAGCGAGCGGGCCCUCAGGUGGCGGCCCAUCCAACCCGAGCGCCCCGCGGGUGACUCCAAGUAUGAUGUUCUAUGUAAAGAAGAAUUUAUUGAACUCAAGGACAUAUUCUCUGUCAAACUGAAACGGCGUUAUUCUGUUAAACAGCAGGGAAGUGGUACCUUAUUAGGUAUCACACUCUUCAUAUGUUUGAAAAAGGAACAAAAUAAAUUAAAAGAUUCUACGCUUGAUCUUAUUAAUUUAAGUGAAGACCACUGUGAUGUGUGGUUUAAACAAUUCAAGAAAAUUUUGGCUGGUUUUUCAAAUAGACCAAAGUCAUUAAAAAUAAUUCUUAACCCCCAAAGCCACAAAAAAGAAGCUACCCAGGUCUAUUAUGAGAAGGUUGAACCACUGUUGAGGACGGCAGGAAUAAAGACUGACGUAACAAUAACAGAAUAUGAAGGACAUGCUCUGUCACUCCUAAAGGAAUGUGAACUCCAGGAAUUUGAUGGUGUUGUCUGUGUUGGUGGAGAUGGAUCUGCCAGUGAAAUCGCCCAUGCUUUGCUUCUUAGAGCCCAGAAGAAUGCUGGGAAAGAAACAGACCGCAUCCUCACCCCUGUCUGUGCAGAGCUCCCUCUGGGUUUAAUACCAGCAGGCUCUACCAACGUACUGGCACAUUCUCUUCAUGGAAUCCCUCAUGUGGUAACUGCAACUUUGCACAUUAUAAUGGGACACAUACAACCUGUCGAUGUCUGCACCUUCAGCACCACUGGCAAAUUUCUUCGCUUUGGGUUCUCAGCCAUGUUUGGCUUUGGGGGAAGAACUUUGGCUCUGGCAGAAAAACAUCGAUGGAUGUCACCCAACCAACGAAGGGAUUUUGCUAUAAUUAAGGCACUGGCAAAACUUAAGCCUGAAGACUGUGAAAUAUCAUUUUUACCAUUUAUCAGCUCUCAGGAUUUACAAGAAAGGAAGGUGGAAGGAUCUCCCAAAUCUGUGAGUAAUGAUCAGUGGCAAACGAUCCAGGGUCAGAUCCUGAAUGUCAGCAUUAUGGCAAUUCCUUGCCUGUGUUCAGUGGCACCUAGAGGCUUGGCACCUAAUACCAGAUUAAAUAACGGAAGCAUGGCUCUUAUAAUUGCACGAAAUACGUCUCGGCCAGAAUUUAUAAAACACCUGAAAAGAUAUGCCAGUGUUAAGAAUCAGGCUAACUCUUCUGUGUUAAGACUCCUUCACAUGGGAAGCUCACCCAACAUCCUGGGCCUGUUUGCCUCUUGUUUCUGUCCUUUAACUCUAUGCUUACACCAUCAUGGCACUUGUAUGUAUCACAAUUUUAACUGUUCACUUCUCUUCCUCACAUCUUAAACAUACCCUCACAUGAGGUAUUAAGCUCAUGGCUCCCUAAAGUCCCAUCUACCAAUGUGGCUUUGUAGGACAUGAAUUUGCUGGGAUGCAUGGAGCUUCAUUUUGCGAAGUAUGCACAUGAAAACUGAGGAUUUAAGAUAAUAGACUUAUGGGUGGUGGCCAUCACUUCUUGAAAUCUCUUGGCUUACAGUUGUCUGCUGCAGUCUCUUUUGUCACAUGGUAUUCUUCUCUUUAAAGGACAUCAGUCAUAUUGUAUUAGGGAUCAACCAGAUGACCUCAUCUUAGCUCCAUCACAUCUGCAAAGACCCUCUUUCCAAAUAUGGUGACAUUUACAGGCACCAAGAGUUAGGACUUCUACGUAUCUUUAUUGGGAAUACAAUUUAACCCAUAGCAGCCAGUUAUCAAUGACUCAUUUAAAACACAUUCUUUUUUACAAAUAAACAUGGAAUGAGGUCCCCAUGGCUUUAUAUCUGAGAUGAAGGGAAGUCUAAUGCAGGGACUGCCAAACAGUUUCACAGAGAGCUACUUGGGACACUCUAAUUCUAUACCUCAAUUAGAACAGCCGAUACCACCAUGUAAACCCAGUAUAAACCAUUACGUAAUCCACUGCAUUAUACAGUAUAAACUGUAAAAUCUGCUGGGCUUAGGUUUCUACAUAUGUAAAAUAAGGGUGUGGGGGAGAAUGUUAGUUUUCUGUCAACUUUUAAAAUUCUGUACCUCACUGAGGUUCAUAGGUGGAAGGGGGGAAAAACAAUAGGAGUAAACCCCAUGUCAUUUACCUAAAAAGUGAAAUAAAUGAGUUAUUCUUAUACAUUGCUACUAAAAAGGUAUUUGGCUAUAUUAUUUAUGGGAAUAAAUAUUUUUCCACUAAACUUUCCUUAAACAAGAAAAAUGGAAAUUUGAAGAUACUUUGCACCAUGUGGAGUGCUCAGAAAGCAAACAACUGUCUUGCAACAUGUGUGCAUCUUUAAAGUGGGAAAUGAGGCAGGAAGAACACCUGCAAAACUCACAUCAGAUCGACUUUCUCUUUUCUCCUUCAUAAGCUUAGACCGAGGUUCUUCCUAAUUAAAUUCUAAGUGUGAAACUUAAGAGUUUGCUUGACCUCACCCAUACAAGUUGACAAGUUAGUGGAUUAUAUAAAUCUUCUGUGUCGACAGGUAUUAAAAACUCAGUCUUUAAUUGGAAAUUGUAUGGUACUGUAUACAAAUGCAUACACAUCUACUAUUGGUCAUAAAACAGGUUUGCCAAUAGCUAGAUCUACCAAAGAAAUUGGGGAUCCCUGGCCUAGACUUUCAAUGCUAUAACAAUGUCGUCAUGCAUGUUGAUAUUUACAUGCAAGAGAGAGCACGGUGAACUUUCUUUUCAUUAGCAGUGUAGGGAUAAAGCAAGUACCAUGAUGAUUUACGUUUGUUUUAUUUAGUUCAAUUUUCCAUUUGUUGAGACUUACACUGUUGAAGAGGUUAAAGUUCGUCCGAGGACUAAUAGCGCACCCAAUCUAGAGGAGGAUGCUGGGAGGCAUGCUGCUGCUUCAGAAAACAAUUUCCCUUGGAAUGUAGAUGGUGAUUUAGUGGAAGUCGCAUCAGAGGUCCAUGUUAAGUAAGUGUAAUUAUUUCCCCGCCUUAAGUGUCCACCAGUAGACACAAAACUGAGUGCAAUGGAAAUCUCCUUGUCGUGACUAUUUUUUUUUUUAGAUUAGUAAGUUAGGGAAGCAUAAAAAGACCGAUGUACAAUUUUAAUAAAUAACUUUACACUUAUUCAGUUGUUAUAUACACCCAAAGCAUUUUCAUAUAGACUCAACCACAAUUUAUGAGUCUCUAUUGGCAUUGUAAAAUUAUCAUUCUCCCUAAACUAUACAGAUAAUGCAGGAUUACAGUUUACAUUUGAUAUUCCCAGUCUUUCCAAAGCAUUCAACUUACUUCAUGCAGACACAAUUGUACAUACUGUAUAAGUAACAGGAACAACUGGCACAAACAAGUUUAAGACUAUGCAAACUCAUUGUUGGUAAGCAUUAUGCCUCAAUGGGUAAAAAGUAUGCAGGAGCACACCACUAGCUGUGAGCUUUCUAUGGGCACAAUGCCUGGAUUUUAUAGUAAUCACUGGUGCUGAGUUAUCAGGCCCCCCAGUUUUACAAGAUUGCAGCUCUUCCAAUGUUUAACUAUCGGUAGAUUUGUAUUGGGUAUCAUGUACCAUACUCUAUAUGUGAACAAUGAUAGGUUGCUGAAAUAAUCACACCUAUCUUUUUUACAGAUUACACCCAAGACUUAUCAAUCUUUAUGGAGGAAGCAUGGAAGAAAUGAAUGAUUCUGAAGUUAACUGUAAUUGUUUAUAAAAGGAAUGUACAAAAUAGAAUUUUAAUGGGAGGGAAUAUGGUCGUUCUUUAAACAUAUCCUAAUAGGAAACAAAAUUCUUAUUUUUUAAAGAGAUUUGCUAUUUUGUUACUAACAAUUAGCUUCUAGAGCUUAAAAAAAUUAGGCAAUAUAACCAUUUAAAUUAUGGGUUUUGGAAAGCAUUGGAAUGGAAACUAUUUCAUAUACUUAAAACAUCUAAAUUCUUUUACUUUGGAGUUACUGAUUUUACAGGAUGAUUGUUUUAACUUUUCAGGAUUUGAGUCCAUCAGUCCUGACAUGAAAUUUCCUGUAGCCUGGUACACGUGGACUAGAGUUUAUGUAAGGAUGCCCUGAUGAGGUACUAAUCUAGAUUUCAAAUCUUUCCAACAUCUACAUUAUUUGCCAAAAAAGGAAAGAAAUUGUAUGGUACCAAUUUUGUGACUAUUCCCUGAAAGUUGAAAACUGUUGAUUUUCUUUAAAGUGUUUUAAAAUUUGUAACACAGAUGAAGUUUAUAGCAAAUUUUAAAUUACACAAAAUAUCACACGGUCUAGGAGAUGCAUUCUUUGUGCUUCUGAAAGUCCUGUUAUCCAACAAUUAUAAUACGUUGGUUUCAGUGUACUCAGUAAUACCGAAAAUGCUAUCAUUUCAGAAAAGAGCCAAAUUUCAAUUGCCUCAGGGAUCAUCCUCCACCACUGAUCCCAGAGGUUCUCCUGAAAGACUUACUUUGUUUUUUAGUAAUGAAAAAACAGAUCUCUUGCUUAUAUAAAGGGUACUUUUUAAAGCUUAAUUACUACCGGUAGACAGUGAGUUCAGGAGGUUUCCUGCUCUCAGCAUUCGAGGAGUGAAACCCAGUCACUUUCACAACCUUGUUCUGGGGUCAGCAAUUAUAUACUGAGGGCUUGUGAAGAGGUAACUUCUAGAAAUUUCAGCUGAGAGAGACAGCUGGUGGCAGGGCUUCCGCUAAGGAGAUAUUUUCCCUAAUAGCUAAAUUAGAGGGAAGUCUUAGUACCUGAUCACUUCCAAUAACAGAAUUUCAAAAUUGCCUACAGCUUCCUUAUACAGAGGUUAUAAAGACAGAAUAAAUUCAGAUGAAAUUAUAACCUGCAGCUAUCAGAAUCUAGGUCAUAUGCAUGAAUAUUACAAAAAAUGAUUGUAUCUGCAAAUGAAAAGGCAGUAUUUCACUCGUCACUAAAACCUCUAUGAUGGAAAUUUUGAUGGCACAUUUUAUUCACUGAAAACAAGCAAAAUCGGUAAAGUUAGAUUUCUAAAUUUUGUUUCUCUAGUUCCAUGCAGAAGAGAAUGCUCUUAUAGACCUGAUAAAAACACAUUUAAUACAUAGUUUUGAAGAGAAAGAGUAACAUCUAAACAAGGAGGUGCAUUUGCUUAAUUUGAUAGUCAAUAUUUUACUCAGUAUCUAAUUUAUAUGAAAUACUGGCCUCUAAUCAGGCUCUUUGUAGAGUUUUGGUUUUAAGAGUCAUUAGUGAGGUACAGUUUCCAUAUUUUACAUAUAUCAGUGUAUUAAUAUUUGAAAUAUCAGCUAAAGUGCAACAUUCACAAUGUUUCAGAAUAUAAAUUAGAAUUUUUAAGUAUUUGUUUUCAUAAGCAAAAAAAUUUCACUGAAAAUGGAUUUUAGAAAUUUACUCCUGGGUACCCUUAAUAAAAAUGUGUUCUAAGAUGACUAGCAGAUUUAUACCUCUAUAAACAUAUAUUCUUUUAAAACAUUAUGUAUAUAUACAUAAAGAAAAAAAACCCCAUAGCUGUAUAAACAAUUAUUCAGAA